AUGGGUGUAAUGGUCCUGGAAGCGGUGUCAUCACCUGCAACAUCUCUUACAACAGUUCUCAAGUCUGCCAGUCCUAGUUCAGAAUUGUCCAGCCAAGGUCGCACUGUAAAGAGUGUAGAGUCGACAGCAGCAGUCAAUCCUCAACAGUCUCUCUUGUGUGCCUCCAAGUCCUCUUGCAGUUCUGCAAGCAGUUAUACAUCCCAAACUUCCUACACAGAAUCUGACCAGGGCCCAAUGAAGAAGGAAAAGGAUCCAUCAAUUGUAACAUAUGACCCCUCAAUGGCGACUCAGCUGGGUUUGGAGGACAUUCUGGCCAGUAAAAGGGUGGGGGUUUCCAUCCGCGUCGAGUCUGCAAUGGCAGUUCUUACCAAUGGGACAGUGGUAGAUAGUCAACAUCCAGAGUUGUUCUGGGCAAUCCGUGGCUUGUCCGCUUCCUUUGGCAUCAUCACCUCCUUGACCAUGAAGACCCAUGCCAUUCAUCCCAUUGGAACUUUCUUCCAAUACGCAUGGGACAUGAACAUGAUGAACGCAACACACGCAUUCUCCUCGUUCCAGACCUACGCUACUGAUCUAGCACCUCACAACACGUUUGGCGUCGAGGAAUACAAUUGUACUGUGGCUCCGUUUCUCGAUGUGUUACCGGCCCCCACGAGUGCAAGGAGUUGGAUCGACAUCGUUAUGGCAGGAGCGGCUGGACAGUUGGAUAUUACUGGGGUUGAGAUGCCACAAGAUACAUUUUAUGCGAAGUCGAUGACUCCUCCUGAGGACGGCCAGUUAUUGACCGAGGAUGCGUUUAAUGAGUUAUUGAAAUAUUUGGCUGAGGAAGGGUACAAUUCUGAAUACGGUGAGUCCCCCCUGUAA